AUGACCGACGGUAUGACUACUUGGAAACUCCAUCGUUUAGAGAACAAGAGACUUGACAAUAUCAACCAGAAUCUAAGCGAUAUGAUUUUAAAUCUAACCGAAUUAACGAACACUGUGAAAGAGAUAGUACAAAACCAAGAGAGAGAAACACAAGAACAAAAGAGAGAUAGAGAGAUAUUGAAUUCAUCUCUUGACCAUGAACCUUUAAUUACUCCCAACCAUCAUAGAGAAGAUGAACAACAACAACCAACUGAAAAUACUUCUGAAAACACUUCUGGACAACUCUUUUCAACUUAUAAGAAUGAACCAAGAAAGAAAUCACAUCCAAACAAACGCAAAUGCAGACACUCCAAAUGA